AUGAGUCUGAACUACUCUUCCGCGGCGCCCACGCAGAGGUCCACGUCGUUCUUCAUCGAGGACAUCCUGUUACACAAACCCAAACCUCUGAGGGAGGUCCUGCCCUCUCCUUUCUGCGGAUCCCUGGCCUCCCGGGUCCCCCUCCUGGAGUACGGAUACCCGCUGAUGCCCACCCCGAUCCUGGCUCCACACCCGCACCACCCGCUGCACAAACCAGAGCACCACCACCACCACCAGUACUUCUUCACGGCAGGGAUGCAGAUGCCGGCGUUGUUCCAGCAGCACGCGGACCUACCGGGGAAGCACUGCCGGCGGAGGAAGGCCCGGACCGUGUUCUCAGACUCUCAGCUGUCCGGUCUGGAGAAAAGGUUCGAGAUCCAGAGAUACCUGUCCACGCCGGAGAGAGUGGAGCUGGCCACGGCGCUCAGCCUGUCCGAGACUCAGGUGAAAACAUGGUUUCAGAACCGGCGUAUGAAGCAUAAGAAGCAGCUGAGGAAGGCUCAGGAUGAGAGGAAGACCCCCGGGGGGGAGAUGGACAGGUCUGCAGACAGUGAGAGCGAGCUGACUGACAGUAAGAGCGGCGAGGAGCUGGGCGCUCACGGUCUGCAGCCGGACUCCUUCAUCAUGGACGAACACGACGAGGAUGAAGAUGAGGACGAGGUGGACAUCGAGGACGACGUCUGCUCUCCAGACCAUCUGCUAUAGUAGGCUGCUUUAUUUCACAGGCAGCAGCAGCAGCAGCAGCAGCAGCAGCAGCUUUAUCUCUGUAUGAUUCUGUACAGGAACUCUGAACUUUGACAAAUAUACACGAGAAUAUCAUUUUAAUAUUUAUUCUAACAUGCCUUUAUUGUUUUUUAUAAAUGAAUCUGUAUUCAGUCCAUUUUCCUGUUGAA